GCGCUCUUUUUUUUAGGAACCCACUUACCCCUCCAUCCAUGAUCCGCCCAGGGACCGUGGCGUUGUUCCUGAAGAUGACCCCCCACCUUUCACAAGCUCGCCGAUCAUUGAAAAUCUGUCACCAACAUUAACAAUGUUUCUUUCUUUUCUCUCUUCACUCUAUUCUCUCCUUCAUCUUUUCUUACCUGGAAUCGCCAUUCCAUACCCUUCAAGAUGCCUCAAAUCAAGUGCCUCCUCUUCGACUGCGACAACACGCUCGUUCUCUCCGAGAACGCAGCGUUUGAGGCCUGCGCUCAGCUCGCCAACCAGAUCCUCGAGAAGUUCGGCUUCGAGAAGCGCUAUGGCGGCACCGAGCUCAUGCACCAGUUCGUCGGUCAGAACUUCCGGAGUAUGAUGACCGGCCUCUGCGCCCGUCACGGCUUCACCAUUCCCGCCGACGAGUUCGACCACUGGGUCGCCAAGGAGCUCGACACCACCAUCGCGAACCUCCGCGCAAAGGCCGAGCCCUGCGAGAACGUCAUCGAGGUCCUCGAGAAGCUCCAAAAGGGCAAGAAGUACCACAUGGCCAUUGUCUCCUCCUCCGCCAUGCCCCGUGUCGUCGCUUCCAUCGAGAAGACCAACAUGGACCAGUUCUUCGACAAGCCCGACGUCGGCAUCUUCUCCGCUGCCAGCAGCAUCGACCCCCCCAUCUCCAAGCCCAACCCGGCCAUCUACCUCCACGCCUGCGAGAAGCUUGGCUACAAGCCCAGCGAGUGCAUUGCCAUUGAAGACAGCAGAAGCGGUGCCACCGCUGCCAAGAGCGCCGGCAUUCCCCUUUUGGGAUACGUUGGACCCUACUACGAGGAGGGCCAGGAGAAGCUGGACUCCAUGAUCAAGCUCUUCAGCGAGGAGCUUGGCGCUUUUGACGUUAUGCACAACUGGAAAGACUUUGAGAGCAUCUUGGCCAAGUACGAGAGCUCAUAGAUACCCGAAUACUGUUUAGAAUUUUGAAAUUUCGAAUGAAUGAAAGCGCGGCAUAGGCUGGAAGUUGCGUGAAUGGCAUUUCACACAUAGACUCAGAGCUUGACAAGAUAGAGACGAAUAGAACGAAAUCCUCGUAGUGCUGCUCGGUCUCGAGGACCACAGUCAUAGUUAGUGCUUUGUAAGGUACACCCAACAUGAAACUCGCAUAACCAUAAUCUAAGAAAUUGAAAAUUGUCUCGUA